AUGUCAAGCCGAGCUCAUUAUGACUUCUUAUUUAAAAUUCUUAUAAUUGGCGAGUCGGGUGUAGGGAAGACAGCUAUCAUGCAACGUCUAUGCGAGGACACAUACGACAAUGUCUAUAUAAGUACUGUUGGUGUUGAUUUCAAGCCGAAGAUAUUGACCAUCCGUGGUAAAACCGUCAAGAUGCAAAUUUCGGGACAAGAGCGUUUCAGAAACAUAACAGCGAGUUAUUACCGCAAUGCGCAAGGUGUGAUUAUCGUGUAUGACAUGAAUGACGUUGGAACUUUAGAGAAGGUUGACAGUUGGUUCAACGAAGUUAAAGAGCGCACUGGUGCGAAUCCGCCCGUCGUCUUUUUAGUCGGAAACAAGGCAGAUACUCCCAACCCAACAGUUAACAAGGAAAUGGUGAAAAACGUCGUAAGUAAGCUUGGAGGCAUUCGUGAGUUCACAUGCUCAGCUAAGGAAGGGACUGGGGUGACUGACAUAUUCAAUACUUUGGCGGAGACUAUGAUGUCAAAGUCCGACAAAGCUCCAACACCACAACCAGAUGAAACUACCAAUUUGACUCAAAACACUACCGAUAAAAAGGGCUGUUGCUGA